AGGGAGUACGUGCAAAUGACACAGUUUUAAAUAUGAGGUCAACCAUUGCACGCUUAAUUCCUUAAUUUAAGUUAAAUAAUAGAAUUCAAAGAUUCAAUGCAUUUGGCUAACUGGUAAGCAUUAGUAUUACUAUUUAAAUUGUAUUAUAGAACAAUGUUUAAGUUGAUCGUGAAUAAAGUAAUGUAGAAUCUUGAAAGAUCGGCACUUGGUCAACAUAGUUUAGAGAAUUUUACUUAACUAAGUAUUGAGUUUUGUUUUCUUGGCUUACUUUUCUCUUGGAUACUUGUUCGUUUCUUACAUUAAUCUUAAAGAGAUUGUUCUUAAUCAGAGACACAAGAACGCUCGUGGGGAUGACAAGGUUUGUUUGCUUGCUUUUGUUUGUCAUGCUCUUAAGUUUUACAUAUGCAGCUAUAACGCCAACAAGUCCUUUGUCAAUAGGACAAACUCUCAACUCCUCUGAUGGUGUUUAUCAGCUGGGGUUCUUCAGUCCUAAUAACACCCAGAAUCAGUAUGUUGGAAUCUGGUUCAAGGGCAUCAUUCCUCGGGUGGUUGUGUGGGUGGCUAAUAGAGAAAAGCCUGUUACUGACUCCACCGCAAAUCUAGCUAUCACCAGCAAGGGAAAUCUUCUCUUAUUUAGUGGCAAAGAUGGCAUUGUCUGGUCCAGUGGAGAGACUUUUGCAUCUAACGGGUCUCAUGCAGAGCUUUCAGACAGUGGAAGUCUUAUUGUCGUAGACAAAGUUUCAGGAAGAAUUCUAUGGCAAAGCUUUGACCAUCUUGGUGAUACUCUUCUACAUUCCUCAUUUCUUAUGUAUAACCUCGUCACCGGUGAGAAGCGGGUUGUGACUUCUUGGAAAAGUUACACUGAUCCAUCACCUGGCGACUUUGUGGGUGAGAUUACACCACAAGUGCCAUCACAAGGGUUUAUUAUGAGAGGCUUGAGGCCUUACUGGAGAAGUGGUCCAUGGGCUAAAACGAGGUUCACUGGGGUACCUCUAAUGGAUGAGUCAUACACAAGUACAUUCAGUCUUCACCAGGAUGUAAAUGGGUCAGGAUACUUGUCUUUUUUUCAAAGAAGAUACAAAAUUUCACGCAUAAUUUUAACACCAGAGGGAUCAAUGAAGAUUUUUCGUUACAAUGGAACGAACUGGGAACUGUACUAUGAGGCUCCAUUAGCCAAUUCAUGCCACAUAUACGGUGUAUGUGGACCUUUUGGGUUGUGUGUUAGUUCAGUUCCUCCAAAAUGUAAAUGCUUCAAAGGGUUUGUACCUAAAUCCAUUGAUGAGUGGAAAAGAGGAAACUGGACGAGUGGUUGUGUGAGGCGAACCGAGCUACUUUGUCAAGGAAACUCUACCGGUGAAGAUGUAAAUGUCUUCCAUCCUGUUGCCAACAUAAAGCCUCCAGAUAGUUACGAAUUUGCAAAUUCUCUGAAUGCUGAAGAAUGCUACCAAAGUUGCUUCCACAAUUGUUCAUGCUUGGCCUUUUCUUAUAUUAGUGGAAUUGGGUGCUUAGUAUGGAACCAUGACUUAAUGGACGCAGUGCAGUUUUCUGCAGGAGGAGAGCUUCUUUCCAUUCGUCUUGCACGUUCUGAGCUAGAUGGAAAUAAGCGCAAGAAGACAAUAGUUGCUAGUACUGUGAGCCUUACCCUUUUUGUGAUUUUGGGCUUGGCUUCGUUUGGUUUCUGGCGAUGCAGACUGGAAGAUAAUGCUCAUAUAUUAAAAGAUGCAUGGAGGAACGAGUUGAAACCACAAGAUGUCCCAGGUUUAGAUUUUUUUGAGAUGAAUACCAUACAAACUGCCACCAAUAACUUCAGUCUGUCAAACAAACUCGGACAAGGUGGAUUUGGUUCUGUAUACAAGGGAAAACUGCAAGAUGGAAAAGAAAUUGCUGUAAAACGGCUUUCCAGCAGCUCAGGACAGGGCAAAGAGGAAUUCAUGAAUGAAAUAGUACUCAUCUCUAAACUACAACACACAAACUUAGUUCGGAUAUUAGGAUGUUGCAUUGAAGGAGAAGAGAGGCUAUUGAUUUAUGAGUUCAUGUUGAACAAAAGCCUUGAUACUUUUAUCUUCGAUUCAAGAAGAAAGCUUGAGAUUGAGUGGCCUAAGAGAUUCAGUAUCAUCCAAGGUAUUGCACGUGGACUUCUCUAUCUCCACCGUGAGUCACGCCUCAAGGUCAUUCACCGAGAUCUGAAGGUGAGUAAUAUUCUUAUGGAUGAGAAGAUGAACCCAAAAAUAUCAGAUUUUGGAUUGGCUAGGAUGUAUCAGGGAACCGAACAUGAGGAAAAUACUCACAGGGUUGCAGGAACUUUAGGAUAUAUGGCACCUGAGUAUGCAUGGACAGGAAUGUUCUCUGAAAAAUCCGAUAUCUACAGCUUCGGAGUUCUGUUGUUAGAAAUCAUCAGUGGGGAAAAGAUCUCAAGAUUCGGUUAUGGCGAAGAAGGAAAAAACCUUCUUACAUAUGCGUGGGAAACUUGGGGUGAAAAUGGAGGAACUGAUCUCUUGGACCAAGGCGUUGCGUAUUCAUGUCGCCCGUUAGAAGUUGAGAGAUGUGUUCAUAUUGGUUUGCUCUGCGUUCAACACCAACCUGCCGACAGACCCAAUACACUUGAGUUACUGUCUAUGCUCACUACAACAUCAGAUCUUCCAUCACCAAAACAACCCACAUUUGUAGCGCAGACGAGAAAUGAAGAAUUCAUGGCUAUGGGUUUGACCACCGUCAGUAAGAUGACAGAUUCUGUAAUCCUUGGGCGUUAAGAAACGAUGACAAGUUCUGCAGGUACUCAUCCUUCUUGAAAACAUUUCCAGAUAAAUAAAAAUAUCGUUUGAUGCCUUCUGGCGUCUGAAUGCUUUGAUACCAAUCACUUGUAACCACUAUCUCUCAAAAGCUUAUAAGCUUCGCUCUAACGGUUGUUUUUCUCCUUCACAUUUUCUUCUAUACUCCUGUGUGAUUCUUUUUAACUGAAUCGUGAUAUAUUCUGCAACGGGCCCAACUUUCAAAUUGGUUUUAAUAUUUAGUGUUGUUCAAGAGACUAAUGGAACAUAAGUGCAGUGUGGUCAACAUUUUUUUUUAAAUAAUAUAUUUCAUUAAUUUUCAACAACCCCAAAAUUGGGUAUGUUGGGAAAAAUUAAUUCAAGAACAAGAACUUUCGGAUUAGAGCAGAUCGCCAAUCGUUUGGUUCCAAAUUUUGGUUUUAGGGUUUCUACUUCCAGGUUCCGGGUCAAAUGAUUCUUUCACUGGCAUGUAGAGAAUAAUAGGUGCACUUGCCCCCAUAAUAAUUUAAAAUUUUAGUAUAUUUCUUAACAAAAUUGAUGUCUACACCUAUAAUCAAAUGUAAGUUUACACAUAUUCUAGCAUUUAUGCACCCACUGAAAAAAAUCUUUAGAUUCGCCCAUGUUCUUUCUGCCAAAAGAUAAAUACAAAUUUUUUUUAGCUAAGGUAAACAUCUUAAAUAGCAUUAAUCUUCCUAAAUUUACCUGAAUAUAGAAGUAUUAUAAUAUCUAUAGCUAUUUUCAAGAAAACUAGAAAUAUUCUAUUAUCUAAUGAUACAGUGAAUGUUUUCUAAUUGUAAGAGAUAAACAAUCUUUACUAUUACUAGGGGUUGGCCCGCCCUACGGGCGGGUGAGUAUACAUUAAAACUUAUUUAUACUAAAAUAUGUUUUAAUUUUAUAAAACAUUUGAAAAUUUACUUUAAACUUUUUUUAUUCUAAGAUCAUAUAUAUUGUAAAUUUUAUUAAAUUUUGCUGGUUUGAGUUGAAAAGACCAUUAGAUACAAAAUUAUUAAAUAAAAACUAAGAAAAAUGCAUUGAUUAAUAUUUUUCUAUUUUAUUUCCAUUGCAAUUUGAUAAAUUUAAGAAAAUCUAAAGCAAGAAUAACAAAUAUUUUUUUUAUUUCUAGUACCAGAUUUUAAUAGUAUUACAAUAAUUUAUUUUUUCGCGAUAAUAAUACAUCCACCUCCAAGCUAAAUCAAUCGAAAAUCAAAUGUAAUGUGAUAAAAUUAUAAAUAUUUAUAUUUUUAAAGUAAAUGUAAAAAGUUUCGAUAAUUUCAUAAAUGAUAAUUAGAAUAUUUUAUGUAACAAAAAUUAUGUUUUCAAAUAUAUGUUUUCAGUUUAUAUUAGAUAUUCAAGUUAUAAUGAAGUUUUCCUUAAUUUUUAGUGUUUUACUAAUUAUGUUUUGUAAAUUAUUUUAGCAUUUUCUGAAUGUUUUUAAAUUUUUUUUAUUGAAAUGUCACUCAUGCUAUUUAAAAGUAUUUUUAUAAAUAGUGUUAUAAAUUAAUAAGAUAUUACAUUUCUAAUAGAAUUUUACUUGAAUUUCACACCCUAUCAUAACAAAUAAUUUACUUUGAAUAAGCUAGAGUAAACCAAACAUAAUUUAAUCAAAUAACUUUGUAGUGUAAUCAUUAAUAAUAUGGACAUUAAGAGAAACCAAACAGCGUACAAAUGUUUUCUGAAAUUUGUUUUUCUUUUCAAAGACUAAAACCUAAAGAAGUAACUAAAUCAUUUAAUCUUUUCAGUGGUGAUGUAUUGAAUGUUUCUAUGUAAUUAAAUAUCUCAUUCUCAGUUUCCACAUAGUAACAUAACAUCAUAAAGCAUGUAUACUUACAUAAUUAAAUGGAACAAAACAAUAUGUUAGGUUUAUAUUCCAGACCAAAACAAUCAAAGAAUAUAUCACCAAAACUGCAAACAGUUACGUAUAUACUUUGAAUCUACACAAAUCAUGAUUUAUUUUUUACUCUUGUACAUUUACUUUGAUUUUUUGUUAUACUUUUUUUUUCUUAAAUUUGAUUUAGAUAUUGCGAAAGAAGAAAUAAUUGACUCAAUGUAAUAGAGUUAGUAUCUUAAUUAGAU